AAAGUGGCAGCCCUAUGCUGAUACUAUGGGAGUGUGUAUUUUAAAAUAAACUAGAUAGUCUAGUCAAGCUCAGCGCCAGAGACAAGACUUUCCUCCACAAUCAAAACACACGCACUAGUUCAAGCUUUCAAAAAGAAGAGAGCGAUGACGGCAGUGCAUUCUUGGAUUGGUCUAAUGUUAUUGUGGAUUACUGCUGAAACAAAUGGGAAAACUCCAGAUGUUCAGUUAACCUGCACGUUCUCAGAAGAUUGCGUCCUACCCUGUGUCUUUGAAGCAGUCGGAGAUGAGGCGAUACACUGGUACAGACAAGAUGUCCUGAUCCAGAGUUGUAUACAUGGAAGCGGCCGGUUAGAUGAGGCGGAUCAACACUACAACAGCAGGACAUCAUUAUUCACUGAAAUGAUUGCGUAUGGUAACGCAUCUCUUCAUAUCCGGAAGUGCGGUCCACAGGACAGAGGGAAGUACAAGUGCCUUGUUACCAGCAGUCGAGAAACCACCGAGCACUUCAUCACAGUCAAGGUGGAAGCCCCUAUUCAGUCAGUGAGCCUGGAGACAACGCGCCUCAGUGGUUUUGAGGAAGUCAUAUGCUUCAGCCGAGACGUCUAUCCUGCUCCCCGUGUAAACCUGUUCACAGAGCCGGCCGGUCUACCCGAUUCCCUCCAACCCUUCACACGCAAAACGGCUGACAAACAAGGCCUGUACUCAGUGAAGAGCAAGCUCAAGAAGCUGAAAGAUCUGACCUACAUCUGCCUCAUCCAAUCAUUCUACAGGUCUCAGACAUGGAAGGCGUCACUGCAGGAGAAAGAGAUAUUCAGCGUGGAAGGAAAGGACUUCAUCAUCCCUUGUGCGGCCCCAUGGAAGCUGCAGAACUUCACACUCACAUGGUCCUUCACCAAAGAACACAAGUCCUCGACCAUCUACACCUAUGACAGCCUCACACAGCGGAGCUCCAGCUUAUGGAAGGAGAAGGUGCGACUGGUGACCCCCAGGGGUCGAGACGGAGACGGCUCACUGCAGCUACGCAACCCGCUGAGUCCAGAGCACACUGGAACCUACACCUGCAUCCUCUCUGCUCACCAGGCCAAACAUGAGGUCCAUACAAGAGUCAGCAUCACACUAAAAUCUGAAAAACAACAGUCCGAGAGCUCCCCCCAGCGGCGGAUUCCUGCAGCGGUCAUCACAGGCCUCGCAGUCGCUGCAGUCGCUGCAAUCAUAGGAAUGAUAAAAUAUAGAGCUGGCUGUACAAAAUCAAGUAAAGGCCAUGCAGAGAUUACAGAGAUGCAACCAAUCAGAGUGACUGUUAUAAGCAGCAGAGCUGCAUCUGAAGACACCUGCUUAACAGAAGAAAACGAAAACAAACCAACAUGAGGGGGGAGGGGCAUAUUUGGGACUUUUUUUAAAUUAUUGAUGGCAAGACAAAAGGGGAAACAAGAAGUAUUUAUUCAUAUCCAAUGUUUAAUCACUAUUAACUUUUAGUAACUUUUAACUCAUUUUACUUGUAUUUACUUGUAAAGUUAUAUUCACUUAAAUAAUGUUUUGAAUUGCAUGCAUAUGAUAUGUUGAACUCCAGCAUAAAACUAAAUUACUAAUUUAA